GUUGGUCAAUGUUUUGCAUAUUUUCUGUGUCAGUUGGAACAAACAAUAUCCGCAAAAGCACCAGAAGGAAGAGUCUUGGCUCAUACAUCAAAAGUCUCUGAGAUCACCAUCAAUAUUCUACCGGGUUCUUCUGAUGGCACUAUAAAUUCACAGCACAUGGAGAAGUUGCAGAAUCUGUGAAUUGACACCAGACCCGGAAGGCUACCAGAAACAGGGACUGAGCAGGCCUUGCGCUGAACUGCAGGCAUGGCACAGUAUAAGGGCACCAUGCGGGAGGCUGGCCGAGCCAUGCACCUGAUCAAGAAGCGCGAGAAGCAGAAGGAGCAGAUGGAGGUGCUGAAGCAGCGCAUCGCAGAGGAGACCAUCAUGAAGUCAAAAGUGGACAAGAAGUUCUCGGCCCACUACGACGCCGUGGAGGCCGAGCUGAAGUCCAGCACGGUGGGCCUGGUGACCCUGAAUGACAUGAAGGCCAAACAGGAGGCCCUGCUGAGGGAGCGGGAGAUGCAGCUGGCCAAGAGGGAGCAACUGGAGCAGCGCCGGCUACAGCUGGAGAUCCUGCGCGAGAAGGAGCGAAGGCGUGAACGCAAGCGCAAGAUCUCCAACCUGUCUUUCACGUUGGACGAGGAAGAAGACGGGGACCAAGAGGACAGCCGCAGGGCCGAGGGUGCGGAGGCCCACAGCGGUGGGGCCAAGAAGAACUUGGGCAAGAACCCCGAUGUGGACACGAGCUUCCUGCCUGACCGCGAGCGCGAGGAGGAGGAGAAUCGGCUGCGCGAGGAACUGCGGCAGGAGUGGGAGGCGAAGCGCGAGAAGGUGAAGGGCGAGGAAGUGGAGAUCACCUUUAGCUACUGGGAUGGCUCCGGCCACCGGCGCACGGUGCGCAUGCGCAAGGGCAGCACGGUGCAGCAGUUCCUGAAGCGGGCUCUGCAAGGGCUGCGGAGGGACUUCCGGGAGCUGCGUGCCGCGGGAGUGGAGCAGCUCAUGUACGUCAAGGAGGAUCUCAUCCUGCCCCACUACCACACCUUCUAUGACUUCAUCGUGGCCAAAGCCCGGGGCAAGAGUGGGCCGCUCUUCAGCUUCGACGUGCACGACGAUGUGAGGCUGCUGAGCGAUGCCACGAUGGAGAAAGACGAGUCACACGCGGGCAAGGUGGUGCUGCGCAGCUGGUACGAGAAGAACAAGCACAUCUUCCCCGCCAGCCGCUGGGAGCCCUACGACCCCGAGAAGAAGUGGGACAAGUAUACCAUCCGGUGAUGCUAAGUCCCAGUUUGGUGACCUUACUCUCUUACUACCGAAAAUCAAUAAAUACAGAGAGUCCCCGUGAA